GCCUCCGCCGCCACCCGCGUCAUGGCGGCUCCGGCGCUGCCCCCGCUGCCGCCGCAGCUCAAGAGCAUCCAGCACCAUCUGCGGACCGCGCAGGAGCUGGACAAGCGCGAGCCCGUGGUGGCGUACUACUAAAUCUCUAGUCCAUUCAGUUUUUCAACUAUUUCACCUUCUGUUUGUUUGGUCGUUUGUAUGCAAUGCAGACAGGGAUGAAGAUUGACAGUAAAACGCCAGAAUGCCGUAAAUUUUUAUCCAAACUUAUGGAUCAGUUGGAAGCUAUGAAAAAGCAAUUUGGUGAUAAUGAAGCAAUUACUCAGGAAAUUGUUGGCUCUGCUCAUGUGGAGAAUUAUGCGUUGAAAAUGUUUUUGUAUGCAGACAAUGAAGACAGAGCUGGGCAAUUUCAUAAAAACAUGAUUAAGUCCUUUUAUACUGCAAGUCUCCUGAUUGAUGUUCUAACAGUAUUUGGGGAGCUCUCUGAAGAGAAUGCCCAGCACAGGAAGUACGCCAGGUGGAAGGCAGCAUACAUUCAUAACUGCUUAAAGAAUGGAGAGACUCCUCAGCCUGGCCCCAUUGGAAUGGAAGGAGAGAGUUUUGCAGAUGCUGAAAGGGAAGAAGCGGGGUCGUCUUCUGUCCAUAGUGGAACAGCUCCAUCAUCAUCAUCAUCUACAUAUGAAGCUAACAACAUACCAACUAGUAAUUACACUGGCAUACAUAUACCACCAGGUGCCCAUGCACCUGCCAACACUCCAGCUGAAGUACCUCAUAACACAGGAGUGACAAGUAACACCAUUCAGCCUGCUCCUCAGAAUAUUCCUCUGGUUGAUCCUUCCCUUUACAGUGCUCAGUCUGCAGGAGAAGUCCGCUUGACUCCAGAGGACUUUGCCAGAGCUCAAAAAUAUUGCAAAUAUGCUGGCAGUGCGUUGCAGUAUGAAGAUGUGAGCACUGCUGUGCAAAAUCUACAGAAGGCCCUCAAGUUACUCAUUACAGGCAGAGAAUGAAGCUUUAAUCCAACAGAUUCUUUCGCCUAAAGAACUAACAGUUUAUUACUGUACCUGUUAGGGAAGUGGAGUUACACAGAAAUUCUCAAUCCCCUCACUAAUGACUAUGAAACCACUGUUUCAGUGUCAGAUGAGCAGUUAAUGGUACAGUAGGAAUCUCUGUUUUCAUUUUAAAGACAGUGGAGCUUGAAAUAUAAAUGCAGUGGCUUGAUGUAUGCAAAAUAUUAAAGAAAGUACUGUGAAUACCACUCAAGAGUUAGAAUUCAUUUUGCAAUAUUUGGAUUAUCAGAAUUGAAAAAUGCUCACUGUAAAAAACUUGAGAAUUAGGAUGUCUUGUUAAAAUUCUUACUCCCAUUUUGUAAUUGCAAACAAUUAUUUAAUAGCUGUAAUAGCUUUAAAAUGAUAACUAAGAUUAGUGCUUUCCUCCUGAAAUGAGAGGCUGAAUGUGAGAAGGCUGUCAGGUCCACUCUGGGAAGAACUUUUCUAUACGUAAAUUAUUUCAGUAUUUGUAUUAUCUGAGACAUAAGUCUAAGUUGAGGGAGUCUUGAGAACAUUUGUAGUUCAUUUGAAAAUGUUCUGGAAAAAACAUCUCUUGAUACUUCAGAGGGAGGAAUUUUGAUGGUGUUCCAAUUUAAUCCCCCACAGGUCUAUCGACUACUACAUGUAUUCUUGAUUAUUGGUUCUUGCUCCUUCUGUGUGAACACUUAAAAUUUUAUAUAUCUAUAUGGGUAAUUAAGAGAAAAUACUAAUAUUUAUCAAGAAUGAUCCCAAAACUGGAGCUAGAGAUUCUAAAUAAUUUGAACUUUCAGGAAGACUUACUGAAAGAACAAAACUGUUCCAUCUUUUUAAGCGGCUGGAAAAAAGCUCGUUCUUCAGCCAUUAAAACACUAUAGGUUUGUCUCUACUAUUAGUGUUAUAGAGCUUUGUAUUUCUAACUAAUAUUUUUCCUGUCUGCUUUGUUGUGAGGACUUUUGGACUUGGAAUUUAAUUAAAGUAUCUUGGAAACUGAA